UCAGUAUUCAAUCCGUAGGACAUAUAAAAUACGUGUCCGUCAACGGCACUAUCAGUAAGGCUUCUGAUCAACUGUAAAGCUAUUAGUAGUCACGUUUCAGGGAAUCAGAAGUUAUAUGCAGAUUUUCAGCGAUGCAGAUGGUCAGUGCUCCUAUGCCUUCCACAUUGUUCAAGGGUCAACGAUAGCUGUUUUUUCUUAUUCUCAAGAGAGGAGAUGAUUCUCUGCUCUACUUGCUCCAUCACGUCCCUAAUUUGUAGAUUCAUUGAUUCAUUCUUCAUUCAGCAAGCUCUCGGAGGGCCGACUACCGCUUGCCAGGCCUGUGCAGGGCACAGGGGGUUAGAUGAGUAAGCCGGGCACGGUGUACUCAAGAGGGUGGCCUCGGGAAGGCGGGUUGGAAGCCAUUUCAGUGCAGUAAAUGUGACUACAGAAAAAUGCUGGGGGAGAAGAGUCCACCUUCUGGAAAAAGUACUCUCUAAACUGAGCCUUGAGGAGCCAGUAGGUGCUUAGAAACAUGGAAUCCAGGCCUAAGCCCCGUAGCUAAGGCAUGCGUUGCUGUCUGACAGACCGACACCUUAAAGGUGGGGAGAAGGAAAUACCCACCGGGGAGCCGGAGGAUAAGUCUUUGAGGAAAGUCCCUGCUUCUCUGUGUUUCCCUUCAGCAUCUUUCCCCAUGCUUCCACCAAUUGCAAGGUUUGUGUGGCGGCCACCUGUGCACAUUGCCACCUUGUGGACAAUGUAGGGAUUACAGAUCUAGAAAUGACAUUCAUUCAUUAGUUCAAUCAUUCCUAAUAAUUCAAAUGAACCAACGUGCUGGCAUAAAGCACUCUCGGUUAGGAGAAGAUAACAGAAAUGGCUACCGAUAAUCACUGCGUGCUCAGAGGUAUGAGUCUGUCUGAAGCAAUGGGGUUCUUGAGGGAGAUCAGGGAAGGCUUCACAGAGGUGACAUCUGAGCAGGGUCAGGUAAGAGGAAAGGGUCUUUAGAGACCACUUCUGACGUCCUCACUUGACAGAGGGGGUGAGUGCAGCACAGAAUGGAAAGAAACUUGUUCAAAGUUAUAGAGCCCUGCAGGACAGAGCUGAGGGAAGGACCCAGGUCUCUGGGUGUCCCAGCACAGAGCUGCUUUUCCAGUACGUGGCUGGCCUUUGGUUUAAAUGGGUUCCCCUCCUGGUGCUCUAGAAAUGGCCUUUGCAGGGCCAGAUCUGCUGCUCUGGUCUGUCCCUGUGCAACCCCAGCCCAGCAAUUUGUCCCAGUCUGCCUUCUGGUGCAGUAAUCUCAUUCUCUGCAUUCCAUCUGUGAGCAAUUGCAAAGCACCAAAGCAUUCCCCAGGGAGGACACUGUAGCCCAAGCCAGGAUCUUGGCCAACGUGGGAAGAGGGCCCAAGAUGUGUCCCUAGAGUACCUAUCCUCAGGGACUGGCAUACUGCUUGGCACACAGGUAAAUGUUUGGGACAAGAAUGAACGGGCGAGGUCAGGGGAAAUGGAUGGCAUCUGAGAGGUGAGUCCAGGUAUCCUGCGGACUUAUCCAGAGUUGAGUCUAUUCUGGGAAGAUAAAAACUGGGGCCGGAUCACAAAGGUCGCCGAAUGCCCCAUUGAGUCUGUCUCCAUUCUGCCAGCAGGGGGAGCCAGGCUUGUUUGCAAUGGAGAAGGGGCAGGAUUGGAAUAUAUAGUUUCGUUUCCUUUUUCAAAGUGAGAAAAAUUGUCCUUAGUCAAGGGGCAUACAUGCUGCAGAAAGUCGUCAUUGCUACCUAAUGAAAUUGCACUAGAUCAUCUGGGUAUUUGGGUUCUUUUGUUUCUAAAUUUCAUAAUUCAGCUAGCCAUAUGUGUUCGGAAUAAAUAGAGGCUGUCUUGUGAUUAGCUCCCAACACUCAGGAAAGCAGCACCGCCUUUGUGAUGCACUGCUGAUUCCCGUCUGGCCUGUCACCAAACUCUGAAGCCUGCUAAAUACAGAGCUGCAAGACAGUGAGCCUGCCUCGCCUGGGGUCUUUCCUCACUCUCGCAUUGCAUGGCUCCUGGAAGGAGGUCUCUAGUGGAGUGCUAUAUAGGGCUCUAUUCAGUGCUUUUAUUGAUAACCUGGAUGAACUCAGUCCAAGUAUGCAAAUGCCUCAAAACUUCAAAAAGGAAUUAAUGUGCAUUGGAUAGAAGAAGCAAUAUUCAGAAAGGUUUGCUAAGUUAGAAUGGUAGAGAGUAAUCAAAUGUUGAAGUGUUCCACAAAUACACGUCAAGUUCUUUGUUUAGAUUCAACACUACAGUGACAAAGCUUGAGAGAGAGAAAAUGAAAUCUAUGACCCAGGGCUGCCUCCACGUUCAAAGGGUCCAUGUCUGGAGCAUCAUAGCCACUCAGAAAUGGGUCCUUAUUACUGUGGAUGAAAUUUUGCUGAACUCGAGCAUUUCAGGUCAAGCGUUUUAGCUUUUCUCCCACUUUAAAGUGGCUGCCUUCCCAGCCUUACCAGGGCAGGCGGUGGCAAUUCAAUAAUGACCUUUCCUUAAUGAUGUGAAGAAAGGAAUUGUAGAAUUGAGGGAAACCACCAUUAUAAUCCAAGAAUGUAAAAUAGCCAUUUGAAACCUGGGCAACGGAUCCAGGAAGCCCCUGGGAGAUGGAAGCUCCUGGAGGAGAUAGUAUCUCCACGUGUCUGGAGGGAGAAGAGCUUUGCAGUUCUUUCCUCUGAACCAUGUGGCUCGGCUGCACCAAGAACUGCUUCUUCCGGGGAAGGAGAGGGCCUGGUUUCAGAGGAAACACAUUUACAGUGUUUCUUUGUUUCUAGACAGCCAGUAACAGGGUUACGUUGGACCUGAUCCGCCUGUGUCUCUUUUUCAUUUUCCUUUCAUUUUUUUCAGUUUUGAGAAUAAGCAUUUACAAGGCCUCCCCUGUGUUCCAGACGUUACGCUGAACCAGAUCUAGUCAUGACUUCCAAGUCACCGUGAUCUAUGAGGGGAGCUGAGAUUUGGACAUGAUGAACCAGGAUGUGACCAUCUACUCAGUCAGUAGCCAGUAGAGGGUGGGCGUCCCCAGAUGGCUAAGGUUCACCGAGUGCUUCCUAUGGGGGGGGCACCCUCCUAAACACUUUGUGCAUAUUUGCACGUUUCAGCCUCAGGUGACCAUGCGGCAUGUGUACCUUAUCUUAGAUUAAACCAAAGAUCAGAGAGGGUAGCAGUGACUUGGUCAGAAUUAGCUAGUUCACAGUGGGGUAGGCCCCAAAGUCCACUCUCUGAACCACUGAAGCAGACUGCUUCUCCAUCCGUAUGUGUCACAUAGCAAAUAAAGAAGACCUGAUACUUGCCAUAAGAGAGACGCAGGCCACACGAGGAGAAACGAGAUUACACCACGGUGGCCAGGAGACACUUCAUGCUAGAUACUACACCUGAGGUAGGACUUGCUGAACAAGAACGGUGGUGAUAAGCAGAAGGGGGGAGAACGUGUUCAUUGUAGGAGUAAAGGGAUCAAACAAAAUGGUCUGAAUCUGUCAGUUAUGGUGUCUUUUUGCUCCCUGCGUGACCCUCUCCCGCUCCAGCAGAGCUGAUUAGACCGGGGGUGUUAUGCACUCAAUUAUGUCCUCCGACAAACUCCUACGUUGAAGCUCUAACUGCUGGUAUUUUAGACUGUGAGUGUAUUUGGAGAUGGGCCUUCUAAAGAAAUGGGCUCCAUCAGGGUGGGCUCCAAUCCAAUCUGAUUCAUGUCCUCCUAAGAAGGGGAGAUUAGGACAGAGAGAGAUGCCAGGGAUGAACAUGUGUAGCAGAGAGGCCGCGUGGCGACAGUGAGGAGGCGGUACUCUGCAAGCUGAAGGGAGAGGCCUCAGUAGAAACCAGCCUUGCUGACACAUUGAUCUUGGACGUCCAGCUUCCAGAACUGCAAAGGAAUAAAUUUCUGUUGUUUAAGCCCCCUCCGUGGUGGUAUUUGUCAUGGCAGCCCUAGCCAAGUAAUACACGGGCAGUAUGACUGAGCCCAAGACAGAAGAAAACAGAGCUUUUCUGGUAGCAGUUAGAACUGAGGGAACCCUGCAGAGUUGGGGUGAACUGUGGGGGUAGAAGCUGAAAGGAUACUCGUCAGGAUGGUCAGGACAAAUAGUGAGUUGAAGCCACGAAAGAGCAGAAACUAUAAAAAAAAGCAAAGGGACUGAACCAUAGAGAGACUGAAGCAAAAGUACCUAAAGGGAGAGAGACAAGAGAAGGAGAGAGCCCUUGGGCACGGGCGUGGAAGAACCAUUCCCAAGAGGGGUCUGAGUUUCCAGCACGUUCCCGGGUUGGGCCCCAGCCCCUGCGGGGGAGUCAUGGAAACCCCGCUAACCCCAGGCGGUUCGAGUGCGUCUCCGUUCCUUGUUCCCUGAAGACCCAGAGGAGCGUGCGAGGCUGUUUAGGGAAGGAUUACAACUCACAAAGAAUGUGAUGCGUGCAGCAAGCCCGCGGCCAGGCCGGAAGAGAAGGUGUUGGGGGCGGGCAGGAGCGCGUGAGCUGCGCCGUGGGCGCCGCCGGGGGGCGCUGUGCUAGCGCCUGCGCCCGGGCAGCGGCCCUGGAGAGGGGACUGUGUCCCUGAGGACAGGCAGCAGCUGCUAUGGCAGCGGCCUCCGGCGCGUGUAGCGCCUCGAACAUGGCGACGUUUAUUCCUGACUCCUGUGAGGCCUGGAGCAGCGUUCCCCGGCCGCCUCCCAGUGUAGGCGCGCCCGGCCCCUUCCAUGUGUGGCUGCGCACGGGGACGCCGCCCCCCGAGCUGGCGGCGGGAGCCCGAGGGAGGGAGCGCCCCCACAGCCGGGCGAAGGGGCGCGGGGGCCCGAGUGAAGGGAGUGAGAGCCUCGGAGGGGAGCGUGGUGCUGCCAUCGCCCGGUCUAGGCGCUGCGGCGGGCGGCGAGCGGACGGAGAAGGGACGCUGCGCGCUCGUUCGCUUUCCGCCCUGAAGGCCAUUUGGAACCCACGGCCACGGCGCUGACUGGAAAUCUUCACUGGCUCUCAGCGGCAGGAGAGGCGCGCUCGGGCCCACAGGACGUGGCCUCCUUAUGUCCUGGCGUCUGUCCGCGUGAUAGUUGGUUCUCGGCCCCACUGCCGAGCGCCCAGCUCUUGCUCUGUGUCUCGAGGUCGGACCCCCGGGACAGGUGGCCUGUGGGCAGCGUGUCCCUCACAGAACUGGGCAGAACACCAGAAUAUCAGAAGCAGUCAGUAACCAAGAGGCUGGAGAAUCUCAAAGCACAGUCCAGAGAAGCAGAUUGCUCACUGGGGCUGCGGGCACCGCUCCCUCACCGAGAUGCUUUCCACAAACUUGAGAACCAGGCAGCUAAACGGCACCUGUGUCAGCUCGGUGGACUUGGAGCUCUUCCUCCAUUACUCCCUCAUCCCAUCACUUUUCAUCAUUUUGGUCCUGUCCUUUCUCCAAAGACAAAAGCACCAUAAGCAGAGAGAUGACGCUUCUCACCUCCUGGGGAACCACUUUGAAAUCAUCAUACCUCUGGACUUCGUGGGCACCUUUAGUAACCGAUGGUCCUAUGGAAUCGCCUUUGGGGCCACAGCCAAUAAGAUCAUGUUCUUGUUCUCGGAAGGCUACCAGCCCUUGCAGAUCCCACAGUGGGCCCAAGCGUUUGUGCUGCUGAUCGGAGGCAUGGAAGUCGGCCUGUCCCACUUCCCCUUCUUUGCCUGCCUCUCGUCGGAGUUCCGGCUGCUCAGCUCCAUCCUCGGCUUCAGCUACUCACUGAUCUGGUUUGCUGUUACUGUCCUUUACAUCACAGAGUGUCCCCACGGGCAGUUUUUGGGGAGGUACGAGACGGUCCUGUUCUACUGGCCCUCGCUGCUGUGCCUGGCCUUCCUGCUGGGCCGUUUCCUGCACAUGUUUGUCAAGUCUCUAAGGGUCCACCUGGGCUGGGAGCUGCCGAUGGAAGAAAAGCCUUUCCUGGAAGUUCACCAGGCGCAGCAUGUCAAACGGCUCCUGAGGAAGCCCCCCCUGCACGAGACUAAAAAGUCCUGGUUCCAAACCAGAAUCUACGAGUGGGACCCCUGCUUUCAGUUCCCAAGCAGAAUGAUUGGAACCACUGUGUUGGCUUUCAUAUGCCUGUACCUUUUCGUUGUCAUUGAGCUCUGCAUGUUCGUGUAUGUGAGAGACGAGCUGGAUGUGUUUGAAGGGGAGCUGGAGAAGUACAUCACCUCCGUGAACCAGACAGGGACUCUGACCCCAGUCAUCCUUCAGGUGAAAGAGUUGAUGAGUGUCACCAAAGGAGUCUGGCUAGUGACCGUCUUGCCCGCCGCCCUCACGUGCGUGACCUAUCUGUUCCACAUAUUGGCCUGUUACAGAAAGCACAUGAAGAGGUUGUGGGCAGGAAAUAAACACUUUCUCCCUUUGAAGUUCCAUAAUCCUUCCUCGGCUGAGAGUGUGGUGGCCAUUGCAAGGUACUCUGGCUGGCAAAUAGCCUAUAUUCUGUGGGGCUACCUCAUCAUCCACGUGGUGCAGAGCCUGUGUGGCAUGCUGAUCAUGUACAGCCUGGUGUUGCCUGUCAUCCACAACCAGGGCCUGGAGAUGCUGCAAGGACUGGGCAUCGGGACCCUCACCAUAUCCAUCGUCCUGGGUCUCAUGAUCCUGCAGGUGUGGAUUGCUGCCACCUUCUUCCUGCAGCCGAAGAUGAGCACGGCUGACAAGCAGAAGCCCUUGGCUCUCAACAACAGGAAAGCGUUCCACAACUUCAACUACUUUCUGUUCUUCUACAACGUGCUGCUGGGCCUGGGCGCCUGCCUCUCCAGGCUGCUCAUCAGCUGCAUCCUGGGCACGUGGCUGAUCGCGCGCAUCGACAGGACCAUCAUGCAGAAUGGCUAUGAGGGGGCGGACAUGGGGUUCAGUGCCUGGAUCGGCAUGCUCUAUGUGGAUCAUUAUCAUACCAACCCCGUGCUUGUCAGCUUCUGUAACAUCCUGCUCACAGGGCACAGGGAGAGGAAGCUGCAGCGGGCCAUCAAAUACUGGUACCUGAAUCAGUCAGCAGGUCCCCGAAUCUCCACCAGGUCCAGGACGAGGUGGCUCCUGCUGCAGACCCUGGUCAACAACCCCAGAUUAGUCAUGCUCAGAAAAUCAAGACCAGGUCAUGGUUCCCGGGACUUUCCCCAGAUUCUGUUGACUUGCUCAGAGAGCUGACGGUAACCUCCGACAUUGCUACAAGCCCAUUCCAGGACGACUGCGCCUGAGACAAGGCCCAGGCUACCCAGCCACUGUCCCCGGCAAUGUGAUGGGGUGCAGUCACUGUCCACCGCAUACAGUGCCGGGCGCUCACGGAAUGGCAGCUGGGCUGAACCAUGAAGUCUCAGGUCUAAUAAUCCACUCCCUAGGUGAAAAGAUCGAGAACUAAAGAGAAUUUCUGUUGAAUCAUCUUUUCUCAAUAAUGAUUUCCACUAUCCAUAGUUAGGAAGCAGUGUUGGGGAGCUCCAUGUGGACAAGACUUAGUUUGACCACAGGGUAGAACUUCGUGUCACUGAAGAAGGUGGUAAAACGUCUGCACCAGGAGAGCUUAACUGUUUGACACAGUUUUUCCCUGGAAGAAAGUAUGGCCUUAAUCCAACAGCAUCCUCAUUGCUUCCUCCUUUCCAAGCCAUCAUGGUGGGAGAGAAGGAAAUCCAUGUCCCAAGCCUCUGAUAGGGCGAAUAGGCAGAUGUUGGACUGUCCCUGCCAUGGUCACUGGAUAAGGAACAGAUCAGAAUGGGUCUGGGCCUUGGUCACAAAGAAGAUCUACAGAUCUGACAAGGAGGGUAUCCCCUGGAAAAGCUGUCUAUCUGGGGAGGCAGAGAUGGGAGUGGGCAGGCAUUCUAAUUGGGAGCCAAGAGCAAAGGUGUGGGAACAGGAAAGCCCCAGGCAUGUUUGAGGAGGGAAGGCCUCUGGUAUUUGCAGUGCAGGGCCUUGGGGCCUGGUUAGAUCACCCAGGGAGGCCCAGAUGCCAGGCUGGGAAGCCUGGAUGUUUCUCUUUGUGCAGAGGGCCCAGUACUUACCCUGAGUCUUCAUACCCAUCAUAAGGUCUUUGGUGGCCCGGGACUCUUGCAAAGUGACCGAAGUCACUUGUGAAGCUUGGGCAAGUGCCAGGAGGACCUACCAACAGUGGGAGGGAAGUCCCCAUCUACCUCACAAGUCCCAGAGCCAUUAAAAUUCAAUAAUCAUUAUUGAGCACCUACUGUAAACCUAGUCCUGUGGCUAGAUGUGUUUGCCGACUUCUCUCUUUUAAUUUAACCUACGCAACCUCCAAACUUUGUCAUUCUGCUUUCAGAAACUGAGACAACUGAGACUAGAGUGUUGGGGUCCCCACACCAUCACUUUUAGCUAUGUGACACCAGCUAUAUGACUCUGCUUUUCUGUGCUGCUUUUUCCUUAUGAAUAAAAAGGGCAAUGCCUGCAACACCCCAAAUUAUUUUGAGGAUAAAAUGAGCUAAUACACACAAACACUCUUAAGCUAGUGCCUGCUACAUCCUACACUCAAUAAAUACUAGUCAUUGUUAUUUGC